CUUUCUAUCUUCUCCCUCCAGCUCUACCCCACCCUCCUCUCUUUUUUCUUCAUACUUUGUCUCUGUGGUCUCCUUGUUUCUUUCUACCUUUCUUUUCCUGUCCCUUUUCCUAGUUCAUAGAGUCAGAUGAGAGAUGGGAUGUGGGAAUUCCUCUGCUACCAACACCAGCAGCACUGGAGGUCCCAGUGAUGCAUCCAAAGAAGUAGCAGAAGAGUGUGUGCCAGAAGACGAUAAAAGAAAGAACUAUGGAGGUGUGUAUGUGGGUCUGCCUACAGACCUGAGCAACAUUCCUCAAGUCCAGAUAGGAUCGCUCAGAGAGAACGAGCGAGGGGCGUUGUCCCUCAGGAGGCCACUGUGGGGGGACGGAUUCCAGUCUUAAUGAACCACCAGUGAGUGUGCUGUGGAGGAGUUGGAGAGUGACAGGAUGAAACGGACAUGAGGAACACCUCCAGGCCCCCUUCAGGCUCUCGGUGCUGUCAUCAGGAGCCCCAAGACCACAGCAGCACCCGAGGGAGCCAGUCUUCAGCCUCGGCUAUUAAGGGCUUCAUCAGACUGCGGGGCCUGCUGGGUGAUCGAUCCUGCCUCAGUGAUCUGGGUGGAGGCUGAUGUGCUUUGGAUGUCAAACUGGACUGCAAAGGGCACAGAUUUGUAAAGAAGUGACAGUGGCAUUCAUUAAGAUACCUCCCUGGAUGGUUUUAAUAGUUCAGUAUCACCAGUCAUUACUUCUGAAAAGUAAUGACUGAAAAUUCUUAAAGGGAUAGUUCACCCAUUUUAAGAAUGUUCGCUGGGGGGACGUCCACCUCAAUGGCAGGAGGCUAACAGUUAGCAUUUGGAGCAUCCAGCCAGUAUCCAGCACUCAGUAACAAUGAGAGGAAGAUAGCACCACUACUGUGCUACAGAACAGCUGGGGGGAAGUGAAGUAAUAUCACAUUUUUCAAAAUGGGUGAACUAUCCCUUUCAGGCUGAACUUGUGACAUUGUAUCUGA